CCAAGCGGAUGCCUGAAAUCACGGAUAGUACCGAACCCUAUAUAUACUAUGUUUUUUCCUAUACAUAAGUGACUAACAGGCGGGUAGCGUAUACAGCGUGGAUUACCUGGACAAAGGGAUUACUCACGUCCUGGGUGGGACGGUGCGAGAUUUCAUCACGCUGCUGAGAAUGGUGCGCAAUUUAAAACUUAUGAUUUGUUUAUUUCUGGAAUUUUCCAUUUAAUAUUUUCGACCCCAGUUGACUGCAGGUGACUGAAACUGCGGAAAACGAAACCACGGAUAAGGGGGGACCACUGUAUAUGUAUAUGUGUUGCUAAUGAUGAAUUAUCCUAACUCACAUGUGAAAAGUCUUUCAGUGCAACUUUUGCCUGUCGAGAUGCCUGUCCAAAUCUGUGGCUGUCCACCAGAGGCAUUGAGGGUCAUCCAAGGGAAGGCAGUUGUUUUGGUCACAAUCAAUGGAGAGUAUUAUCUCAACAUGCCAGAGCUGACCUGUGAGGGAUGCCAGGCUACUUGGAAUGCAGAAGUGGAUGACCUUAUACGAAGUGGCUACUGGUCUGCCACCCUCAACUUUGCAACAAUUUAUGAGGCAGACUUAUUUUAUACUUUUGAGGACAUGAAGAUGGCAUCACCAGGGAUGUCCUGUCAGGCAUUUCUACGAAUGCUUGAGAAGCGGACUGUUCGCUUUGGUCACACUGGGAAGAUCACGUCAGACAGCUUUCAAAAAAGCUUUUUUGAAUGGGCUGCUGUUCAAUAUGAAGUCGAUUCCAUCUGCAAGGAGGAGCAAUUUAGCUGCCCUGCCUGCACCCUGGCAAUGCUUGCGGUCUUGGUUGACAGAAACCGUAAGCAUUACCAUUUCAAGAUCUGAGGAGCAGGCCAUUAGAUCCAGAUUAAUGGAUCACAUACACAGCAAAACCAAACAUGUAACUGCAGACUUGCACUUCUAUCUGAAUAUCUAAAGUCACUGGAAGCGGCAUGUGUGGUGGGGAGUGGUCGGCAGCCAGAGAGACUUCCCACAGAUCCAGCAGUAAGGUGGAUUAGGAGGGACUGGAGCUGGCAGUCUGCAGGCAUGGUGUCGUGCUGGCUGCCCUUAAUAUGUUUAGGGGCGAAAUAUUUGCGUCCCCCAUGUUUUUACAGCACCAGCUGGCAUCCAAGCAUGAUAUCAACUUCUUUUGUAUGGAUGUUACCUGCAAAUACUGGCCGUACCUACAAAGAGUUUGUACUGACUGUCCAGAGCUCCAGCCCCUUCAGAGGCCCCUCCUGUUGGUUGUACAUGCUAAAGCCCAUGACUUCAAAUGUGAGGUGAAAUGGAGCGGAGCAAAUCAUGAUGGUGCUGGUUCCACACUAGGGGAGGAAGUGGAGCAGUGUAAUGCUUUUCUCUCCAGGAUAGCAGUCAUCUCUAAGCACAUGUCAAAAGCAGACUUCUAAAGCUCUGAAAAUCGGGUGGGGGGAACUGGAAACCCUGAAAGCCCAGCUUCAACUGAAAGAAAACACCGUGGAGGAAUUUGUGCAAGUGAAAGAAUGGGCAGAUGGAGAAACUGACCAUCAAGGCACGCCACAGGUUUUGUGUCAGAAGGUUGAGGCCCGCACAACCAGUAUUAAGACAAGAUUUCAAUGCCUCUACCAAAAAAAUGACAGCAAAAGGUCGACACAGAAUCCACCAAAGAAUAAGGCAACAGAAGACCACUUUGAAGGCCAUGGUGUCAGAUUACAACAGCCUCGUUCCACCCGAGCAAGCAUUGUGCAUGGGUCGUAUCCUGGACACAGAACAUCCCUGGCCUUGGCAAAUUACAUGAAGUGGCAGAAUGCUAUGGUAGUUGGAAGAAGACUUAAUUUGUGUAAUUACUGAUACAGUGGUUGAAAUUAACAGUGCUGCAGUCUUCAAAAAUGGACUUUCUGGAAGACUACACCAUGGACCCUGACUACAAACUCAGGACAUCUAUGGGGAUGCAGGCCUCAGCUAAAGCUGAGAGAGGGGGCAGUGUCAUAUCACCCAUCAUUCAAGGGAACACCCUCACCAACCUGACAAUCAACAUCUCAGGAAGUCUGAACCAGAAUGUUGGUGAAGAGAGAGCCUUGAAAAUAGACCAUACACUUUUAAAGGAAGUGAAAUCCCAUCACAAAUCCAUGCUGCUAAGGAAGUUUGAACACGUCACUGAAUGUGUUGCCAGGAACGGUGAACGACGUUUGCUGAAAGAUCUGUUCACUGAGGUUCUGAUGACACAAGAUGAGAUGGAGGAGCCCUUCAGCAGUCUCGAUUCAUCGAAUGCAGAGGUGCCAAAAGACCUGGAGAGGGUACACACUGUCCAAAGAGGUGAUAUUUUCAAGGCGGGGUCAAGACAAAAGAGGAUCAGGACAGUGCUGACUACAGGGAUAGCUGGGAUUGGGAAAACCAUGUCUGUGCAGAAGUUCAUUUUUGACUGGGCAUCUGGAGUGAGCAGCCAGGAGUUUGACUUUGUUUGCGUCUUUCCAUUACGGGAACUCAGCCUGGUCAGGAAAGAGGUCAGCUUCCAGGAGCUCCUGUGGCAGUACUACCCACACCUGAGGAGGUGUGAGAACCUCCUUUCUGAAGACUCAGUACACUUCCUCUUCAUCUUUGAUGGACUGGAUGAAAGCAAGCACACUUUGGAUUUCUUCAAGUGUCCGCCAUUUCAAGAGGAGAGGAAAGCCACAACCGUGGAUGUUCUGCUCACAAACAUUAUCAGGGGAGACCUGUUUCCAGGAGCCUCUGUUUGGAUCACCUCCAGAUGGUCAGCAGCCUGCCAAACCACUGUUGGCUUCAUGGACAGGAUCACUGAGAUACAAGGCUUUGAUGACCAGGGGAAGGAGGAGUACUUUCAGAAGAAGUGCCAGGACGAGGCUGUAGCCGAUAAGAUCAUCGCUCACAUCAAGUCUCACAGAUGCCUCUAUCACAUGUGCAACAUGCCCUCCUUCUGCUGGGUGCUGGCCAGUGUGUUUGGGCAUACCCUACAGUGGGACAGCAGUACUCAUGUUCCAAGGGUGCUUACUGAAAUAUACACCGAGUACCUCCUCAUCCUGCUGACCACCCAGAGGCAGAAAUACCAGGACGGGGUGGGGCUGAGCCAGUUUAGCCUGAUGGAGUCCAACAGGGAUGCUAUUCUCAGUUUGGGGAGGCUGGCCUUUGAACACCUGGAGAGGGGAGAUGUUGUUUUUUAUGAAUGGGACCUCAGGCGAUACCACAUCAGCUUUGACUCCCCCUCUUUUUACACAGGGGUGUGUAAGGAGAUAUUUCUGCAGGACACUCUGUCUUUGCACGGCAGCGUGUACUCCUUCAUCCAUCUCACACUUCAGGAGUAUUUUGCAGCUUUGUAUGUCUUUGCCUGUCAGCGAAAUAGUCGCCGCAAUGUGCUGAAGAGGCGAAAAGGUGUCUUUGGGCAUCUGGGCUCACCACCCAGCUUGCUCGACGUCUUGACCUCUGGGCUGAAGAGGUCCAUCAAAAAUAGAAAUGGCCACCUAGACAUGUUUAUCAGGUUCCUGCUGGGCUUGUGCACCAAACACAACCAGAAUCUGCUAGGUGGACUCUUCCUCGAGUCGGAGCACUAUUCGGACACGAUCCAGCAGAUCACUCACUACAUCAAGGGCCUGAUUCAGAAGGACAUCCACCCGGAGGGAUGCAUCAAUCUUUUCCACUGUCUGAAUGAGCUGAACGACCACAGCCUGGUGGAGGAGCUGAAAACUGCUCUGGACUCAGGAAGGCUCUCCAAGGACGUCCUCCAACCCUGCCAAUACUCUGCCUUGGCCUUUAUGUUCCAGAUGUCCCAAGGAGAAGUGGACGAUCUGAACUUGCGUUUGCUCCGAAUACGAGAGGAUGGUGUCCUGCGAAUGCUGCCGAUUGCAAAGUAUUACAGAAGUGUGAGGUUGUACCAGUGCUGUCUGACCUCUCGAAGUUGUGCUGACCUCUCUCGCCUCCUCAUCUCUGAGCAUUCCCGACUCACAGAGCUGGACCUCAGCUGGAACAUCCUGCUGGAUGCAGGGGUCAAACUCCUGUGCUCUGGUCUGACCCACCCCAUUUGCAAGCUGAGGAAAUUGUGGCUGAGGCACUGUGGUCUGACACAGGUGAGCUGUGAGGUUCUGGCUGGGGUGUUGACCACAACGUCAAGUCUGAGGGAGUUAGACCUGGCGUGGAACCCCAUCCAAGACCAUGGCCUGAAGCUGCUGUGUGUUGGCCUUACCCACCCCAGCUGCCAACUACAGAAGUUGUGGCUGAUGAGCUGCCACCUGACCGCUGACUGUGGUGCCGCCCUGGCCUCCUGUCUCCGUGAGUCCCAGCCAGGCCUCAGGGAUCUCUGUCUGGGCCGAAAUGAACAGCUGGGUGAUAAGGGGGUGAGGUCGCUCUCUGCUGGGCUGAGGAGCCCUCAUUGUCACCUGGAGAGACUGUGGCUGCACUGCUGUGGACUGACUGCGGCUUGCUGCAAGGACCUGGCUGCGGCUCUCUCUGUGGAGCAGUCAAGCCUAAAGAUGCUCGCUCUGAGCAUCAAUUACCUGGGAGAUGCGGGGCUGACCGCCCUCUGGCCUGGUCUGCAGAGCCCACACUGUAAACUGGAGGAACUGGGAUCUGCUCCUUGCAGGCUUGAGGCCUGCAGUCUCACCUCAGAAAGCUGUGAGACUCUGGCCUCGACUAUUUCUGCCUGCCAUUCCAGGCUGAGGUUCCUGGAUCUGGGGGUAAAUGCACUGAAGGACACUGGAGUGGCGCUGUUGUGUGCUGGGCUGAAGAGUCCAAAUUGCAAAGUACAGAAACUGAUACUGAAGGGCUGUGGGCUUACUUCCAAGAGCUGUGAGAGUGUGGCUUCUGCCAUUCAUUCGGCCCCCCUGGAGCUAUCUGAGCUAAACCUGCAAGGAAACGAAAUGACGGAUGUGGCCGUGGAGUCGCUGAUCUCAGCACUGAAGAAGCCCGGCAGCCGACUCUGCAACAUUAUUCUCCUGGGUGCCCAGGUGAGCUGGGCCCUGAAGGGGGAGCUGAUCUCUGUGCUGGCGGAGCUGCGGCAGUCUGGGAGGGACGUCACUGUCCAGCUGGAUUACAAGACCACCCUGUGAGCACCCCAGAGAGGACGCUGAACAUAAAUGUGUAACGAAUGGCAGAUACUUGUACUGACCCUUAGCAGCAGGUAUGCACCUUGUUUUACAGUGCCCUGUGCACUCUAGAUCUGCCACUAAUACUG